UCCAUCUCUUUCUUCCCCCAUCAGAUCAUCCGUAAAGUGGACAAGCAGACGGCGCUGCUGGACGCCGACGACCCCGUCUCCCAGCUCCACAAGUGUGCCUUCUACCUGAAGGACACAGAGCGCAUGUACCUGUGCCUAUCCCAAGAAAGGAUCAUCCAGUUUCAAGCCACUCCAUGCCCAAAGGAACCAAACAAGGAGAUGAUCAAUGACGGCGCCUCCUGGACAAUCAUCAGCACAGACAAGGCUGAAUACACUUUCUACGAGGGCAUGGGCCCCGUGCACUCGCCUGUCACCCCCGUGCCUGUGGUAGAGAGCUUACAGCUAAAUGGUGGAGGAGACGUCGCCAUGCUGGAGCUGACGGGACAGAACUUCACUUCAAAUCUGCGGGUCUGGUUCGGAGAUGUCGAAGCGGAGACCAUGUACAGGUGUGCGGAGAGCAUGCUGUGCGUGGUGCCCGACAUCUCUGCCUUCCGCGAGGGCUGGCGCUGGGUGCGGCAGCCCGUGCAGGUGCCCGUCACGCUGGUCAGGAACGACGGCAUCAUCUAUUCCACCACGCUGACCUUCACCUACACGCCGGAGCCGGGGCCGCGGCCGCACUGCAGCGCCGCCGGGGCCAUCCUGCGGUCCGGGAACUCCACCCUGCUCAGCAACAGCAGCCAGGAGCCCGGCGUGUACGGCCCCAACAGCACCUCCAACGCGGGGGUCACGUCUUCAUCAUCCACCGCCGCGGCCGUGGUCUCCUAACGCACACAGGGGGCCACUCUAUAUGCCUUGAGAGCGAAUGUACCACAAGGUAUAUAAAGACUACGGGAAAUAAUAAACAAAGACUCUAAAGUGCUGCGUAUACAUUUUGGAUACAAAGAAGCUGAAAAAUUGGUGGGAGUAAAAGGAGCGAACGCAGGGGGAAUCUGAAGGCCGAGCGACAUCACGGCGCUGUCAGCCAAUGGGAAUAAGCGCUCCGUGACACGCCCCCUCUCCUGCGGUUACUUUAGGGACCUGCCUAUCCACUUCUGGUGUUUCGGAACGAGUGAAGUUCCUUCAAGCACCGGCACCUUUCUACGGCCACAACAACAAUACAUCCAACGUGUACAAAAAAAAAUCUCUCGAAAGGAAAGUAUAUUUUUGCGCCCUCCCAAAAAACCCCUCUCGCCACUUGUUUUAUAAUUAUUCCGUUUUGUUUUGUUGUUUUCGCGUUGAUUUCCUAAAGGGGGCUGGAUGUAUUGUUGUUGGAGGGAGGAUGCAGAGGGACACACAUAAAACGUGACGAUAACAUAGUUUUUAUGGACCAAGGAUCUUGUAUAAGCUUUAGUAAAGGUACAUUUUUCUCCAUACCUUUUUUGUAUUAAACAUAUAGUACACUUUUGUUACCAAAUAGUUUCUAUUCUUCCUCUGAGCUUGGGCUUUGUUUCCCCCCUUUCUGAGGUCCAAAAUCCCAACCUGUAUGUUAUUGUGACCUUACUACAAACGCCUGCUUUUUCAACCUUUUGGAUUUCCUUUGUUUGUUUUUUGAUACACUUGCUUCUUCUGUUGGGGAAAAAAUCUGAAGUCUGGGUUGUUUAUUUUACAUAAGGUUGUAUUUGUUUGUUGUUGUUUUUUUAAAUUGGGGAAUAACCUCAGAUGGCCCAUGUUUUAUCAUUGGUUUUUAUGAAGUCUUCAAAAAGAAAAGCUUUAAGCAACGCCUCUGCCUUGCCUGCAAUACUCUAUGUGCGCUAUGUUCUCCUUCGGACAAGUAUACACAUCAGUACAUCUCACGUGGAGUCAUAGCAACAUUUGCAGAAAAACUAGACUUCCGUGGUUACGAAAAACAAGUCAUUUUUCAAACAAGCGUAGUCAUUGACUUAAAAUGAUAGCCUUAGUACUGUAUAUUCUUACUGUGUACACAGUCAAACCGCUCGCAUAUCUACUAUCCUGUAUCUGUUGCGCUCACUGUUAGCUUAUCAUGAUGUAGUGAAAACACUACACCGAGCAAGGUGUCUUCCAGUGGUGGCAUUUAACCCAAAAAAAAACACUUUUCAAUUUGAUGUGGCCUUACCGAUAACUUCAAUUACAAAAAAAAAAAACGUACUUCACCUUUUUCUUACCUGCUCACGUUGGAGGAACCUGUGCAUAGCACAAGCUAAUGCCUCGCUUCUCACCACAGGAGCGGUUCGAGCUCCACCUUUAUCAUGCAAAGCAGCCUUCCGGAAAGAGUCUCUUCGGUGUACAAUAUGCCCGUUUUUUUAUUCUCAUGCGGUGCGCGGCACCUUUCCACUUUUGGUACAAUGUCUCACGAGCGCCGUAAGCUCUUUAGUCAGCCUUUCUUUUUAAAACAAAAAAAAUCUCCUGUGGUUUUAUUAUCUUUGCAGAAAACAAGCGUGUGUGUGUACAUCGUAGACUCCGAGUAGUUGCUCUCAUCCGUGUUCAUGGCGACCGCGUCUCCUGUAGGAGUUUAAAGGCCUUCUAAAUGUGUGUUAAUGAAGAUUUCCAAACAGAACAGCAAUAUUGUACAGGUCAUUUCAUCGUCUUUUGUCCGCCUGAGCACUAGUUCACCAGCCAGCAAAUAUGUGUGUGUGGGUAUGUGUGUGUGUGAGUGUGUGAGAGACUGUCAUAUGUAGUUGCUGUAAUGGAAUAUUGAGUCAGACUCGCUCCAUUUCAAAAGUGUGUUCCAACUGCUCUCCAAAAAAAAAAGCGACUGGGGUGUUUCUUCCUUCCACCAGGAUCCAAAUGUGCGAUAAGAUAAAAAUUCAAAGGCAAUACUUGUGAUCUUAGUAUUACAGUACAACUGUAUACAGUACACUUCCGGGGGAAACAGAACAACAAAACUCUAACUUGAAUGUCUGCUUAAUGAAGUAUUUCUUACAAACAAACCCUUGAAAUAGGAACAAAAAAGGAUUCGCUUGCACCCCCCUUUUCGAUGUAAAAAAGAUUAAGUUAUGCCCCCGUUUCGCCGCCCACCUGUCAGUCAUUCAUAUUAAAUGUUUUAUAUUGUAAUAUUUUUUAAAUUAUUGGUACAAAGUCUCCCCUUGUCUUAUGUCAAAACAGAAAAAGAAAAAGUGCAUUAUUGCCCGUGCUGCCUCAGUUGUCCUGGGAGUGUCAUUUUUUCAUUUUAUAAAAAAAGAGGCCACUACCUGUUCAUCCUGGAAAGCGUGGAGGUGCUGCAGCGGCAGUGUAGCGCCACAUAUUUGAGCUGCAGGUCAACCUGAACCCUUUACACACAGAAUCUUAACUGUAGAAUUUAUAACGUGAGUGUUUUUUCUAAUAAAUUCAGCGAGUUUUUAACCUAGCUUCUGCAUUAGCAUCACGCCCUCCUCCUUCCUUAACCCCCCCCCCCUCCAGAGCUUUGAUAUUUUACUUUACAUGCGGAGUCGCCUCUUACAGUUCACCACCUCCGGCUUCUCAUCAUCUCGAGCAGCUUUGUCCCAUUAGCUCAAAUAACUAAUAAAGGGGGUGAUGCAUGCUUUUAAAAAA